AGGGCAGCGCCGGUCGCAGCUCGGCGAGGCCGCCGCUCCCGACACCGGCUCCGCUCCUCGCCGCCUUGAAGACCCGCCGCGGCCCAACACUUGCGUCUCCGUCUGGCCGCCACCCUCCAGCUUUCCUCUCCUUCUCCACCACCACCUUCCUUCCUUCCCCUCCUCCCCUCCGCUCCGUCUUCCCUCUCCGCCCCCGCCCCAGGCUCCUCCUCUUUUUCUCACUACGAGCGGUUGCUGAUGCUGAAGCCGAGCGUCACUUCGGCUCCCACGGCAGACAUGGCGACAUUGACAGUGGUCCAGCCGCUUACUCUGGACAGAGAUGUUGCAAGAGCAAUUGAAUUACUGGAAAAACUACAGGAAUCUGGAGAAGUACCAGUGCACAAGCUACAAUCCCUCAAAAAAGUGCUUCAGAGUGAGUUCUGCACAGCUAUUCGAGAGGUGUAUCAAUAUAUGCAUGAAACAAUUACUGUUAAUGGCUGUCCAGAAUUCCGUGCAAGGGCCACAGCAAAGGCAACAGUUGCAGCUUUUGCAGCUAGUGAAGGCCACUCCCAUCCUCGGGUAGUCGAACUGCCAAAGACUGACGAAGGCCUUGGUUUUAACGUGAUGGGAGGAAAGGAGCAAAACUCCCCCAUUUACAUCUCACGCAUCAUCCCUGGAGGGGUGGCUGAAAGGCACGGAGGCCUCAAAAGAGGAGACCAGCUGCUGUCAGUAAACGGAGUGAGUGUGGAAGGAGAGCACCAUGAGAAAGCUGUAGAACUACUCAAGGCUGCUAAAGACAGUGUCAAGCUCGUGGUCCGAUAUACCCCAAAGGUUCUGGAAGAGAUGGAGGCCCGAUUUGAAAAGCUACGGACAGCCCGGCGUCGGCAGCAACAGCAAUUGCUAAUUCAGCAGCAGCAACAGCAGCAGCAGCAACAAACACAACAAAACCACAUGUCAUAGGCCCUGGAGGAAAAGCUACUUGAUCAAACAUCUGAUAUUCACAAAUUGAAACCGUGCUUCAGAAUCCCAGCACAUAGUAACAGGAAAAGACAACACUGAUAAUUAUACCUAUCAAGAAGCUGUGAACACGUGGUGUAUAAAUUCUUUACCAAGGCCACUCGACAUCGUCUUUCUCUGGGCUUGAACCCCCACUGUUCACGUGCUCGUCACACACAUAGACCUUCCAUUCACUGCAGUGGGAAUUCUCAGUGUGUAAAGGGAGAGGUUUUCCAGUCUGCAGACUGAAACCGUGUAAGAAGAAUAAAGUCUGUGACUUUUGAAUAAAUCACCAGGGCCAGGAUUAAAUGAAUCUUUGGUCCAUAACUUUUGCAGAGAUUAGCAAACCCCCUCAUUAGCCUGUACUUCAAACUGCAUCAGUUCAAGGUUGUUGCCACUUGAAAGAAACCUACACAUUGCCCCUCACCCUGACCUGUUCCACGGUCCGUAUCGCUGAGCUAUCUGAUCUGAAAUUCUAGUUCAUUGCAAAUACGACCUCUGUUCUCCUGAAAAUGGCAAGUUAUUAUACCAUGUUUAUACUCUGUUCAGGUUCUAGAGGCAAUUGGCUUUUUAUUUUGUUGCCAUGCAUUUUAUUAUGUAUUCGGAAAGGGUGCCAAUCUUAACUUUUCAGUUUGCUGGAAGCAAGGAUAGGAACUCUAGUAUUAUAUAUUUUUUAAUUUAAGUAUUACUUGUAUUUACUAUUAUUAAUUCUAUCAUAAUAUAAUGUAUAUUUAUUCCACUAAAUACAUAUUAUCAAGGUGCAUUGGUUACAAUUUAGGGGGUUUUUUCUUACCAAGUGUUUUUUGAGUGUGGUAAGAAAAUACUAGCAAAAGGCCUAGUUUCAUGAACUGAUCUUCACAGGAUACCUGUAAGCCCACUCUCAUUAGUUCUUAGUUAAGUUUUAUAUUUUUUGAUUGAUAAAUUCUAGAGAAAUCUAAACUACCAAAGCUGAUGUGCUAUCAUAGAAGUCUAUUUAAUACUUUAAAGCUUAGGGCUUCAUAAAAUUAAACUAUAAUAUACGUGCAUACAUAUUCAAAUAUAUAUGUCAUACAAAGCUUAUGUCACUUUCCCCAAAUAUAAACUGGAUUCAAGGGAUAUUCUUCUUCCUAAAAUUGGACAUAUGGAAACCAGUGAUACACAACAGACGUUCCUUCUUCUGUAGAGAAGACACUCACUUUGUUACACAUAUUCCCAUAGGUAAGUAGACCGUGCAAUAACAUCUUCUAGAAAGUAUCAUUCACUGAAAAAUUAUCUGCAAGAACCACCUACACAGAUUAUAAUUUUUGACUUAUCGUAAAUCUAGACACCUAAGCCUGAUUUUACUUUACUGAAUGAAAAGGAAGCAAUAAUUAUCGGCACUUAAUACCUUAAGCACAAAAAUGUACCUGAAAGAAAGAAUGAUUGCCCAGUUGAAGCAUUCUAAAUAGAUCAUGAAAACUGAGGCAAUUAUUUGAAUAUUGUCUUAGUUUUCAAAUGUAGAAAUUGAGUCCCCAAAAUAUUCCCCAAGAAUACAUUUAAUAUUUCAGAUAGUCCCCCAAAGUACAUAUUUAUGAAGCUCAGCUUAAAGAUUAUCUUCUUGAAAAUGAAAUAAAACCAUUCAGAACUACCCAGUACAUUUUCUGUUGCCCCUUUGGGUGGUAAGAAAAGGGGCAACAGAAUACCAAGUUCCCCCAGCUCAUCACACUACGUCACUCCCCAGGGCAGACAGCAAAGAUACCAGAGAUAUGCUGAUUUCAACAACAUGGUAACAGAUUCCCAUCCGUGAAUGCAUAUCAUUUUUUACUAGAGUGAACUGGAGAGGGGGAGGAGGGGCAGUAAGGACCCCCAGUGUUUUGUAAAGUAGGUUUACAAAAGAGAAUGAGUGGAGACCAAGUGAGUAUUACUCAGUUUGAAAGAGAUAGCUCACAUUUUUAUAAGAAAAGUUUAAUAAAACAUAUAUUUCAGUUAUCACUUAAUGAAGGAAUAUUAAAGCUAUUCAGGCAAUGCCACAAAAUUCUCAUAAAGGGAAAUCAUUGCAUGCUUGAAAUGAGAAAAUGGUCAUUUCACUACAUUGUAUAAAUUUGGAGCUCCUGGUGAGUAUGUUUUCACUUAGUUGUAAGUGUUCGGUUAAUAAUAAAGUUAUCACAUAGUUUCAUGUCAAGCCCAAUAUUGUCACGAUGUUACAGAAGAAACUGUAAAAUAAGCAGGUAGUUUACGUUUGUGUUUUCUAGAAGUCUCUGUAUUGUAUGCUUCAUUUGCAUAAUGCUAAAUGCUGAUGAAUAUACGCCAGGUUGUUUUGUCAAAGUGAAGGAGCGCUUAUCACACCUGCUGCAUUUAGGACAGACUGCAUGUCACAGAUGGCCAGUUUUCUCCAGUAAAAUUUAGUUAGUUUAAAUUUAAGCCUUUCUCUAAAGUUUAAAUCAAAAGUAGCCAUUCCUAAGACGCAUAGAGAGGCCACUCGUGGUUCCCUUAAGUUACACAGAAGUCAGAAGGAAAAGGAAAGAAUUUAUCACAACUGGCACUAAUGCUUUUUAUUAUUAAUAAUCGUGAGUCACUGACACGUCCCAAAUCAUACCGAAAUAAAUAUCAGGUUGCUCUCACAUGAAAUUCAAUCUUCAAUUUAAUAAGCCAAUUAGGUAUUAAGAGUUAGAGGGAAAAACCUGCUAUGAACUUUGUCUGAAAUCCAGGUGACUUUAAGUUCUUUCUCGUGGUCAAAUAAAUGGCCAGUGGGACAGAUUUUUCUAAUCAUUUUGCUGCUAUGAUUUUGAAGGCAAGUAUGUGGGGCAUAGUUCAGGAAAAGAAUUUCCAAACCUUUUCACAGGAACAUUCACAUUUUGAUUCUGUUGCCAUUUGAGACAGAACAUCUGCAGAAAGAUAAUGAGCUUAAAUUACAAUUGACUUUCGAAAGAAUAACAGACUUUUGUGCUCCCUCGAUUGUGUCAUCAAUAGGGAAUUCUCUAGUUGUGUGAACAAACUACAAUCUUUUAAGACAAUGCUAAGAUGUAAAUGCAAAAUCUAGCAGGCAGGGGCUUUUUAAGGAUUUGAAGCUGUUUUAGAGAACUUGGCUAGAGAUGGAUUAGACCAAUUUACAAAUGUAGUUUUCAACUGUGACAUCAAACGGAGCUUAUCUCACUUUAUCUUACUCAACUGUGCCUGUAGGACUCCAGUAUGUGGAAUUUUGUCUACGUUAUUUUAUACAUCUCCAAGACAUUUGUGGAUGUGUGAGUAAUGUCUGAAUAUUUUAUCUUUCAGUUAGUUUGUGUUUAUCAUGCAGAUGUAUCCUGUUAGUUAGACCAGCGUUAGACAACGUCCUGAAGUGUGGAAAUGAACACUCUGAAAAUUCAGGGAGGCCGACAUAGAACAAGAUUUCCAAAACAUGGGGUGAUCUGACCCCUAGCAUAACUCUCUAGAUUGCAAACUCCAGGAGCAAAAGGAUUGCAACUAUCGCCUUGGUGACUGCCUUGCACAGUGUAGGCACUCAUUAACAUUUGUUGAAUGAAUGAAUGAUUGACUCAGUGAAGAAACAAAUGGAUUUUGCCUUCUGAAGACUUCCCAGAAUUUACCAGCUUACAUGUGUAUCAAAUUGAUUGACAAUAUAAUUUCUAAAAUUUGUAGUUAGAGCCAAAAUCGACACGUCAUGAAAACUUUUUGAGAUGUAUGAAUUUGGAAUAUAAAGACUUUAAAAGCAUUGAAGAUUGGAAAACGGAGAACGUUUGAACAAUUGAUAAGCGGCAAUGUUUGGGGAUUUGGAGUUUUUAUAAUGAAUGAAACCCAACAUUUCUAGUUCUUUAUGAAAGCUCCUUCCACUAUUUUGCAGAUACAGAACUCCAUUUUUAAAUUUUAUAAAAUAUUUUGUUUUCAUUUUUUAAAAAAGAUGAAAGUCCCAUCAUUAAGCAUAUUAUUAAUAUCCCUUCAGUAUUCAUGAACCGUUUUUCUAUAAGGAACUCAUAGUAAUUAGAGACACCAUCUCUAAAUCUACUUUUAAAGAUCACUUUUUCUUUCCUAUUGGAUUCUUAGAAUGUACUGAUCUAAAAUUUAAUCAUAUGCCUAUAUAGAAUUUUCUCUGUUUAUUCAUUUAACAAAUAUUUAUUGUAUGCCUAGUGUGUGCUGGGUUCCAGAAGUCCAACAGCAAAUAGGACAGACAUGCUCCCUUCAUGGAGUUUACUAUGAAGAAAAACUCCUCCAGGCUGACUCCAGCAAUAAGUAGGGUUUGUUUUCCAUCUGACAGGUGUUCUCCCUUCACACCUGACAGAAGGGAAUAAAAUUCCUUUUCUAUGGAAAUCAGGAAUAGAGUUGCAUAGAUUUAUGUAAGCUUGAUUUUUCUAAGCACACCACUGAAAAGCAACUGCUUAAUUUAUUUAUAAACCACAGUUAUACUGCUGUAUGGUAGGUAACUACCCUGUUUCCCUGAAAAUAAGACAGUGUCUUAUUUUAAGGUGUGCUCCCAAAGAUGCGCUAGGUCUUAUUUUCAGGGGAUGUCUUAUCUUUCCUGUAAGUAGGUCUUAUUUUCGGAAGAUGUCUUAUUUUUGGGGAAACAGGGUAAUAGUUUACUGAUUAUUUACAUUUAUUCAGCUCUACACUAUUUUCCAGCUACUGUGCUCAGUGCUUUCAUGGACUAUCUCAUUAAAUUCCUUCAACAACUCUAUUCAUUAGGUUCCAUUUUAUAGACAAGAAAACUGAAGCACAUAUAUGUAUAUUAUGUGAUUUGCCCAAGGUCACACAGCUAGCAGGUAGAACUGGGAUUUGAACCCAUGCAGUCUGACACAAGAGUGCAUGUGUCCAAUCAUCAUCUGUGGUUUGGGAGACAUCACUACAUGAAAAUGAAUGAGUCAUUAAAGUAAAUGAGUCACUGCAUAUACAAGUACUUUGAAAUUUUAAAGUAGUAUACAAAAAGAUAUUAGUAAAACAUUACUCAUGGUCAACAAAUCGUAUCAGUGGCAGAAACAGGGUGAGAACGCAAUCUUCUGUCACAGCACACUCAUGGACAAAGCUGGAGGGUAAAAAAGUGCAGAGCAGAGAAUUUCUGAUGUGUGAUUAGUAUUUUGACGACUUUGCAGAAUUAUUUCUUGUUUAGCCACUAUGUCUAUUUGGUGCUACAAAACCUGGAAGAACAAAAAUCCCUGCUGUAAGGGCUUAUAAUAAAUACACAGUGUGGAGAUGAGCCAAGGAUGUUUCACAUUUAUGGGGAAGGACUAGGCAAUAGUACCAUUUUCUCACGAUUCGCAUGUGUAUCAUGUCUUUCCAAUUGUUUUCACUAUUUUUCUGAAAGAGCUGCAAAUUUGUGCAGUGGUUCAACCUGACCAAAGUGGUAUUAUGCUGCUGGGAAGUAAAAGUAUUAGACACCA